UUGGUCUUGGCGUUGCACGUGCCGGGCCUUAUCACCGCCGUCAUGUCGGCGAAUUGACACGUGCCUUCAUCCGAUCGUGGUUUUCUUCGACGACAUUAAUCGUCGUUAUAAUUCGAUAUUUCGCGGGCAGUUUGGUUCGUUUUGUUUUUUUAAUUUUUGAUUUUUAUUUUUGCUACGUUUUUCGGAAACUCUCUGCUGAUGGAACGAUAUUUAUUAUUAUUAUAGUUGCGUCGAAACGAAAACAUGGCUUAUUUACUUUCGACAUGCUGCUGGUGCUUUUGGUUAUUAAUAAUAUCGUUAAUCUUGACUCAAGCUCAUAAUCCAGGAUUUACCCAUUCUAAAAGACAUUCAAACCAGUCAGGAUUAAUUGCUAUUUUUGGUAAUGACAAUGUCACUGGUUUCAAUAUUAAUUCUACAUGGAUAACAAAUGAUACGAAAGAUUGGGGAGAAUGGUCUCCGUGGUCACCGUGGACUCCUUGUUCUACAUCAUGUGGCCUAGGCGUCACCAAACAAACGAGGCAAUGCAUUCGAAAACCAACUGAUGUAGAAAGGAUUGUUUUUUACAAGAGACAACGUUUGAAACGAGUGUCUGACGCGGACAACAAAUGCAGAGGGCAAACAGACGAAACUAGAUACCACGUUUGUAAUAAACAGCCAUGCUUAAAUAAUACCGAUUUUCGGGAAACUCAAUGUUCGUCGUUCAACGAAAAGCUAUUCAACGGUCAAAAAUACACAUGGUCAGCAUACUAUCAAGCCACAAAUCAAUGUGCAUUGAAUUGUCGAGCAAUAGGAUAUCGUUUCUAUGCUACCCUAAGACCGAAGGUAACAGAUGGCACAUCUUGCAACGGAACAGACUAUUCAAGACCUUUCAUAUGUGUGGAAGGACAGUGUAAGGUGGUCAGUUGUGAUGGUUCAAUAGGUGGACCACUAAAGAGAUUUGACGGUUGCGGUGUAUGUGGUGGUGACAAUAGCACGUGUCGUUUAAUUUCUGGUAUUUUCACUAGACCCGACAUGCCUACAGGAUACAAUUUAAUUACCAGAUUACCAAAAUCUGCUUGCAAUAUCACCAUUAGCGAACUUAAACCAUCUGCUAAUAACAUAGCGUUGAAACAUACUGUCGGGCUUUACAUUUUGAAUGGAAAUUGGACGAAUAGUUGGCCAGGAGACUACGAAGGAGCGGGUACGGUAUUCACGUAUCGGAAAGAAAACGGUAAUUUGGGCGAAUCCAUAUUUGCCACGGGACCGCUAUCAGAGUCCGUAGACCUCAUUUUGGUGUUCAGGUACACGAAUCCUGGUAUCAAGUACGAAUACAAACUGCCACUGGACGCCCCUGCGCAGGACGAGUCGAUCUCGCCGCCGUUGAUCAGACACCAUUCGCACAUGUCUGCAUAUUAUCCUGCAGGAAACUAUUUGCCGGUUGGCGACGAAGCGUACGCGACGGACAAAGGGUCGGAACUCGACAACGAAGACAAGACGAAAUUCAACCAGGACCAACCGCACGGAGCACCGUCGGAGUAUCAAGGAUUCAUCGGCGAUGAAGCUGCAAAACCGCGUAACAAAGGCAGGAAAAAGAAAUUUAUAUGGAAAUUGACCGGCUAUUCAGAAUGUACCAAGACUUGUGGCGGAGGGUAUCAGACGUCCACGAUGGUGUGCAUCAAAGAACACAACCAGCAGCAGCAAAUCGUCGCGGACAAACGGUGCCACGGGCUGGAGAAACCUCAACCUCAGGUGCUCAGAUGCAACGUGAAACCAUGCGAGGCGCAGUGGUCGAUCACCGACUGGAGCCCUUGCUCGGUUGGUUGCGGCUUGGGAGUCCAGACCCGGGAGAUGGCGUGCAGGCAGCAAAUCAAUCCCACUCUGACGAUGAACGUGGACGAGUCGGCUUGUCCGUCGCCCAUGCCAGCCAACGUCAUCCUGUCUAAAGCCUGUCAAAGGCCACCUUGUGAUUCCACCCAAUCCGACGGGACGUCGCAUUGGAUCGCUGGCACUUGGUCCAAAUGUUCCACGACUUGCGGCACCGGCAUCAAGUCAAGAUCGGUAAGCUGUUCGUCGACUAACGAAACCGAAUGCAAGCCCAAUGAGAAACCGCCGCAUCAGACCACCUGCGACAUGGGCCCGUGUGCGAUGGCCCUUUCCAACGCCGUUGGUUCGUGGAUUCUAUCGGAUUGGUCGCAGUGUUCAGAAACAUGUGGCACAGGUACACAAACUAGAAAGGUUUAUUGUUCGCUAGGAAUUGAUCGUGAGAACGCAUGUGAUCAAUCAAUAAAACCAGAGGUGAGCAGAGCUUGCCUGAGUGACAAAGAUUGUAGUGGACUUUGGUUUACAGGACCUUGGUCGCAAUGUUCUGAAAUGUGUGGUUGGGGUAAUCAAACAAGAACUUCAGUUUGUAUGUCUUACGAUCAAAGAGAAUGGAAAGUUGUUCCCCAGAGCCAGUGUUCCGGCAAAGAAAAGCCGUCCAUGACCAUGUCGUGUUUCACUGAAAACUGCGAUUCUAAUUGGUUCACUUCGGAGUGGCUACCGUGCUCGAGAUCGUGCGACUUGGGUGUUCAGAAACGAGACGUCAAGUGUCUCAAUGAAGUAUUGAAACCAUCGUUGGAAUGUGAUGAAUCGAACAAACCACCGGCCAGACGGUCUUGUAACUUAAGUCAAUGCGUCAAUAGUUAUUCAGCACAAGGAACAAGUGAAGAGAGCCGAAUUGAAAGAGAGAACAAGCCAAUAUCGACAAGUACCCAACAGCCGUCGGAUCAAGAUGAUCCCAAAUGUGUCGACAUUCAGCACAGAAAUUGUAAUUUCGUCGCCCAAGCCAGACUGUGCUCUUACAAGUAUUAUAAAAUUUCUUGUUGCAACUCUUGUCGAAACAAAACGUAAAUCAAUAACAGUAAGAACACACAUAUUAUUUGAUUUUCAUUUUUAGACAUCAUCAAUACCGCUAGUUAAUUAUAAUAUUUAAUAUUAGAUCAAUGUACAUUGUACUUAGGUAACUAUUUUAUAGCACAAUAUUUCUGUACCUAUUAUUUAAAAAUUUACAAUCACGUACCUAGGCAAUAUGGUUAAGAAAAUGUAAUUUAUCAAACACGUCAUAUUAUUAUAAUAUGUACCAGACAAAAUUCGUGUAUAAACAAUGAAUAUUUUGAUAAAGUAUUUAUCGUGUAAGUAUUAAAUGUAAAAAUGUAAAUGUACUAAUAAGGUAUUAAAAAUAUUACAUUUAAUGUCAAGCAAUCGAGUGCGUCAAGAAUCUCUAAAAAUCAACGAGAUUAGUAUUAAUCUAAAAUAUUUGAAUGUGUUUUUAUUAUUAUUAUUAUUAAUUUAUCUUGGAUUAAAAUGUAUUUAUGUAUACAAUUCCAAAAAAAA